AUGUGGCUGAGAGUUGAGCUUGUGGAGGUGUGUAUGGAGUUUGAGAAAUUUAUAGAGAUAGGAAAGACUUUAGGACUGGAGAAAGCAGAUCUGCAGAAAUUUGUUAAGGAGCAGAUGGAUGAAUGGAGAGAACAGGUGAAACUUGAUAGAGAAGAGCGAGCUAGAGAAAGAGACGCUGCUAAGGAGUUGGCUGAGGCAAAUGCUAGGGAAAAGGAACUUGAGAGACUGGAUAAGGAACGUGAAAGAGCAUUUCAACUGGAGAUGGAGCAUGAGAAAAGUAAGAGAGGUAGUGGUAAUCUUACGUCAAAUGAUGAUUCAGGUAUUCAUGGAGUCAAAAUUAGAAUGCAUGUAUUUCAGGAUGGGAAAGACGACAUGGAUGCAUACUUGACAAGCUUUGAGAGGAUGUCUGUAGCACAGAAGUCGCCUAAGAAGGACUGGGCAAUUCAUUUAGGAACUUUAUUGACGGGCAAAGCUAGGAAUGUCUAUGUAAGGCUAAGUAGUGAGGAUGCAAUGGAUUAUUGUAAAUUAAAGAAUGCUUUGUUGCACAGGUAUGACUUGACUCAAGAGGGAUUUAGGCAAAAGUUUAGGUCAGCGAAAAUAGAAGUAGGAGAAACAUACACACAAUUUUUGAGUAGAAUAACAGGAUAUGUUGAUAGAUGGAUUGACUUGAGUGGGAUUAAUCAGGAUUACAAUGGACUGUUAGAUUUGUUAUUGCGAGAACAGCUCUUAAAUGUUGCAAGUAAUGAAUUAACAUUAUAUUUAAAAGAGAGAACACCGGAAAGUGCAGAUAAGAUGGCGAAAUUAGCAGAGACAUUUGUAGAGGCCAGAAGAGGAGCAUUUCACAGCCGGAAGCAAGAAGAAAAAGAGAAUUCAGGAGGAUUACACAACGGGGAAGGAGGAUACCCAGGAUUUGGAAGAGGAGUGGGUAAGAGUGAUCAUUCACAAAGAAGUAAUGAAUUCCAUCGAUCAUGGGCACCCAAAUGUUUUGUUUGCGUUAGAAAGGGUCAUCUGGCUAGAGAAUGUCCAAACAGGAGAAAUUCGAAAGGAAAGAUGCACGAAAAAGAAAUUAUUGCAUGCAUGGUUCCUAUGAAAAAAGAUAGACUAGAGAACAGAGAUGAUAGCAAUAUGAAUGUGUUUGUAGGAACGAGUUUAGGAAGGGAUACAACCAUAAUUAGAGACACAGGAUGUUCUACUGUAGUGAUCAGGAAGUCUUUAGUGCCUGAAUGUGACAUGACAGGAGAGGUAGGAAGUUAUGUGACGUUAGAUGGCGAAGUGAAAGAGGCACCAUGGUGUGAGACAUAUAUUAAAACACCAUAUUUUGUAGGGAAAGUCAAAGCUAUGAUGUUAGAGAAUCCUAUUUAUGAUAUUGUGAUUGGAAAUGUGAUAGGAGCCAAAGAUGCCACGACGAAAGAUGUAGCACAGACGAUAGGAAUUAUGGAGACACGAGCCCAAGUGAAGAAGAGGGAUCUGAAGAUGCAGCCAUUGAUUACACCAACCAUACAUAUUGAUGGUGUGGACUCAGAACGAAUCCGAAUUGAACAGCAGAAAGAUGAAGGUUUAGAAAAGUUAUUUAAAUUAGCAGAAGCAGGAGAAGAAACUUUAAAAGGAAACAAUUUUUCAAAAUUUGUUAUUGAGAAUGAGUUGCUUAAAAGAAAGUCACAAUCACCUAAUGUUGAACAUGGAAAGUUAUUUGAUCAGCUAGUAGUACCAACAAAGUUCAGAGUUAAAGUAAUGAGAGUUGCACAUGAAACAGUUUUGGCAGGACACAUGGCAACACAGAAAACGAUAAACAGAGUACAACGUCAUUUUUAUUGGCCUGGUUUACAAGGGGAUAUUCGCAGAUUUUGUCAAUCAUGUGAUGUAUGCCAGAGAACAAUUCCGAAAGGUAGAGUAGGGAAAGCUUUGUUAGGAAAGAUGCCAGUAAUUGAUGUGCCAUUUGAACGGAUAGCAGUUGAUUUAGUUGGACCCAUGGAUCCAAUGACUGAUAAAAAGAAUAGAUAUAUUUUGGUUAUUGUGGAUUUUGCAACUAGGUACCCAGAGGCAGUGGCUUUGAAGAAUAUUAACACUAGGACUGUAGCAGAAGCAUUACUGGGAGUAUUUGGAAGAGUUGGAAUACCGAAACAGAUUCUCACAGACCGAGGAACUCAGUUUACUUCAGAAAUGAUGAAGGAGGUAUGUAGAUUGUUGUCGUUGAAGCAGUUAACCACUACACCUUACCAUCCCACGUGUAACGGCCUUGUUGAGAGAUUCAAUGGGACAUUAAAAUCUAUGCUCAAAAAGAUGUGUAUUGAAAGACCAAAGGAUUGGGACCGCUAUAUAGCACCAUUAUUAUUUGCUUAUAGGGAAGUACCACAAGAUAGUUUAGGGUUUUCUCCCUUUGAAUUGUUAUAUGGUAGAACAGUUCGAGGACCUAUGCAGAUUCUGAAGGAAUUGUGGACAGAUGAGACUAUAGAUUCAGAAGUGAAAACGACAUAUCAAUAUGUUAUUGAUCUUAAAGAGAGAUUAGAAGAAACUUGUAUGCUGGCACACAAUGAGUUGGAGAAAUCAUCAACUAGAUACAGAGGCUACUUCAUCGCCAGGGCAAAGGACCGACAGUUGAAAGUAGGUGAUCAGGUAUUGUUGCUUUUACCCAAAUACAAGAACAAGUUAGAAAUGAUGUGCCAGGGACCAAAUCGGAUAGUAGAGAAACUGGGUAGUUUAGAUUACAGAAUUAAGAUGGAUAAUGGGAGAGUGAAAACCUUUCAUGUAAACAUGCUAAAGAAAUAUGUGGAUAGAGAGAAAGAAGACGAAAGAGAAAAGGUAGAAACAGUUUGUGUAGCAGUAGUAGAGGAAGAACUGAUUGAAGAGAAAUGUGUAGAAAAGCUGGAAGAAAAGGUGAAUAUUGUGUUACCAUCGCUAGUUAAGACAGAGACAUGGGAAAGAUGUGACCUUUCAAGAGAUUUAGAUGUAAAACAAACCCAGGAUAUGAAAAGUGUGUUACGAAAAUAUGAUGAUGUGUUAUCAGAUAAACCAGGACGAACAGAUUUGGAAACAUUCAAACUUGAGUUAACGUCUGAAGAACCUGUAAGACUAAAACCAUAUCCAAUACCGUUUAGCUUGACAAAUGUAGUGAAAGAAGAAGUUGAUCAAAUGUUAGAAAUGGAUGUGAUUGAGAAAACAAAUUCGGCAUAUGCUAGUCCUAUAGUGCUGGUUAGAAAGAAAGAAGGGACAUACAGGUUUUGUACUGAUUAUAGGAGAUUGAAUCAAAUUGUUGUAUAUGAUGCAGAGCCAAUUCCAAAUAUUGAUGAAUUACUUAGUAAAAUGUCAGGAGCGAAAUUCUUCACGAAAAUUGAUCUUUGUAAGGAGUACUGGCAGAUUCCAGUUGAUGAAAGUUCAAGAGAUGCAACAGCAUUUAUUACUCCAAAUGGUCUGUACAGAUGGAAGGUGAUGCCAUUCGGGAUUGUUAGUGCUCCAGCGGUAUUCUCAAGGAUGAUGAGGACAUUACUGAAAGAUUUGGGUAAUGUAAGAAAUUACAUUGAUGACAUUUUAAUUUAUACUGAAACAUGGGAAGAACAUCUAAAGCUGGUUGAGACAGUGUUGGACAGAUUGAGAAAUGGAAAGUUAACUGCAAAACCAAGUAAAUGUUAUAUAGGAUUCAAGACUUUAAAGUUUUUAGGCCAUAUGGUGGGAAAUGGUGAGAUUGGACCAGAAGACAAAAAGUUGAAGAAAAUCAUGGCAGUAUCGAAACCACAGAACAAAAAAGAGUUGAGAUCAUUUCUGGGACUUAUAGGUUACUAUAGAAAGUUUAUUGACACUUUUUCAGAAAUUGCUGCUCCACUAACAGAUAUGACCAAGAACAGUCAGAGCAAAGUGUUGCAAUGGACAGAGACUACGACAGCAGCGUUUGAGAAGUUAAAAGAAAAGAUGUCUAGUGCACCAGUUUUAAAACUGCCUAAACUAGGAGAACGAUUCACUAUUAGAACAGAUGCAUCAGGUAACGGAUUAGGUGCAGUAUUAAUGCAAGAGAGCGAAGUUAUCUAA